AUGAGAAACUCGGAAAAGACCACAGCGGGCAUCUCGCUCACCCUCGCCCGCCAAUUCGCGCACUGCUACUGGCAGCCCAGCCGAGCCUUCCCUCUCCUGCACAAGCACCCGCACCUGUGCGACCGGGCGACGCGCCAACUCCUGGAGCGCGACGCGGCGCGCCUACUGCUACCCGGUCAGUCGUCCCGCGCCUUGAACAUCACCUGCGCGGUGGCUCUCCUCAAGAUGUGCGCCGGCCGAUCGCCGGCCGAGAUCCGGCGCCGGAUGGUGGGGCUCGUCUCCCGCGGGGGCGCCGGUGGCACGUGCGAGGAGACGUAUCGGGAGCACCUGGCGCAGGCGCGGGACAUCUUCGCCCGCGUAAUGCGCACGUGCGCGACCGAGCGGCGGCGAAGGGAAGCGGGCCAAAAGAUGCCGCUGCGGCGCGACCCCGACGGCCGCCGCGACGACGCCCGAGUCAACGUCAAAGCUUGCCGCCGCGGCGGAGGAGGAGGAGUAGAGCUCUCGCUCGAUGACCACGACCACGACCACGACCACGACCACCUGGACGGGGUCCUCGUCCUCCUCGAGACCAUUCCCUUUGAAGAGGCGAGCCACGCGCUCAGGGGGAUGAGCGUGGUGGAACGUGAGGCCGCGCUGGACCGGAUGACGCAGGUAAGGUUCGACGGUGUGUUACGCCCAUCUUAG